GCGUUCAGCUGGCGGGGUGUUGUCGGUCUCCAUGCUUGCUGGCUGUCAUGCUAGCUACACACUUUGAUCUGCAAUGCCCUCCUCUGUGGCUGUUUUUCCCUGCAUCGGCUACAGGAAGCUCAUUCCCUGGUUGCUAGGGCAACCAAGGAGGAUGGCCCCCAGCAGGAUCCGGGGAAGCCUUGGGCUGCCUUUCAGCUCGUCGCUGUGCGGCAUGCCUGUUGACCUGCCGCUGGCUAGGAGGAGGAGGAGGAGCCAACUCUGCAGAGGAGCUUCUCCUGGCCCACUAUGGGUCCUGCCGCCCCGCUGCCCCAACAUGAGGCAGAGCUCUAGCGUUAGAGCUACUGCUCCUCUCUCCCUCUUCUGGCCACUGCAUAGAUCUGACUCGCUCUGCUCCAGUAGUAACAGGAGCACAGGCGGCAAGAUGUCAUCCUCCUCCUCCUCCUCCUCCUCCUCCAACAACGAUGGACAAGGGAAGCCUAAACCUAAAUCCCCGUUUCGAAAGAGGGGGAGCCUGCAGAGCACCACCAGCCCUGACCUGUGUGGUGCUUCUGGGCCCAAGCCCCUCAAGCCUCAGAGAUCACUUCCAGGGACGCCUGUUUCUCUCUCACACUACCCAAUUGACUUGCGAACAUCCAUGGAGGAAAAAUACAAAGAGAUUGCCGAGGAGCUGUUCACACGCAGCAUGGCAGAGAGCGAGAUGCGAAGUGCUCCUUAUGAGUUCCCUGAGGACAGCCCCAUCGAACAGCUGGAAGAGCGACGGCACCGCCUAGAGAGGCAAAUCAGCCAGGACAUUAAGCUUGAGCCAGAGAUCUUGCGCCGUGCCAAACAGGACUUCAUGAAAAUCGACAGUGCUGCAGACCUAGAGUUAUUGAAGGAGAAGAGCGUGGACACUGUUGACGAUGGCUUUAAGGAGGGGGAAAUGCCAAUGGAGAGAGAGUACCAGCGAGUCUCAAUAUCCGGAGAGGAAAAGUGUGGGGUGCCCUUCACUGACCUGGUAGAUGCUGCGAAGUGUGUGGUGAAGGCAUUAUUCAUCCGGGAGAAGUACAUUAAGCGAUCCAUGCAGUGCUUUUGUAAGACCACAGCUCAUGCCCUGCAGGACCUCGGGAUGAAGCCUCUGGAUCUGGCAGACUAUGAUGAUAUAGCUGAAACCCCUGUAGAUGCUGAUGCCCCAGUCCACCCUCCUGUCUCGAAGACACACCCCUAUGACAAGGACCCCAAGAAUAUGCCCGCAGACACCGGAUAUGGUUGCAAGAUGGUGGAUGGAGUAGUCCAUGUCUACACCAAGAAAACCAACAUGGACAAAAGCAUAGAACUGGACCUGCCCUAUCCUGACCUGACAGAGUACAUUGGAGACAUGAAUGUUAUGAUGGCCCUCAUUAUCAACGGCCCAGUGAAGUCUUUCUGCUACCGCCGCCUGCAGUACCUGAGCUCUAAAUUCCAGAUGCACAUCCUCCUGAAUGAGAUGAAGGAGCUGGCAGCUCAGAAGAAAGUUCCACACAGAGACUUCUACAACAUACGAAAGGUGGACACACACAUACAUGCAUCAUCCUGCAUGAAUCAAAAGCACCUGCUGCGAUUCAUCAAGAGAGCCAUGAAGAAAUACCCCGAGGAGAUCGUUCACAUCGAACGAGGCCGUGGUCAGACCCUCAAAGAAGUGUUUGAGAGCAUGAACCUGACUGCCUUUGACCUGAGUGUAGACACCCUCGACAUGCAUGCGGACCGCAACACAUUCCAUCGAUUUGACAAGUUCAACGCUAAAUACAACCCCAUUGGAGAAUCCAUCCUCAGAGAGAUCUUCAUCAAGACAGACAACCACAUUGAAGGAAAAUACUUUGCGCACAUAGUCAAGGAGGUGAUGUUUGACCUGGAGGAGAGUAAAUACCAGAACUCAGAGCUACGUCUGUCCAUCUACGGGCGCUCCCGGGACGAAUGGGAUAAGCUGGCUAAGUGGGCCCUCAAACAUCGAGUGUACUCUGAUAACGUGCGCUGGCUUAUCCAGGUCCCUCGUCUUUUUGACGUUUACCACACAAAGAAGCAGCUGGCUAAUUUCCAGGAGAUGUUGGAGAACAUUUUCAUGCCUCUAUUUGAAGUCACGAUCAACCCGCGCAGUCAUCCUGAGCUGCAUCUCUUCCUGGAGCAUGUGGUUGGCUUCGACAGCGUGGAUGAUGAGUCUAAACCAGAGCACCACAUUUUCAAUCUCGACAGUCCGCUGCCAGCCAACUGGACAGAAGAAGACAACCCACCCUACUCCUACUACCUCUACUACACCUACGCCAAUAUGACUGUACUCAAUCACCUGCGGAGGCGGAGAGGCUUUCACACAUUUGUGCUGCGACCUCACUGUGGGGAGGCGGGGCCAAUCCACCACCUGGUGUCAGGUUUCAUGUUAUCAGAGAACAUCUCCCACGGACUGCUGCUCAGAAAGGCCCCGGUGCUGCAGUAUCUUUACUACUUGGCUCAAAUUGGCAUCGCCAUGUCACCACUGAGCAACAACAGCCUGUUCCUUAGUUACCAUCGUAACCCGCUGCCAGAGUACCUGUCCAGAGGCCUCAUGGUCUCUCUGUCUACUGAUGAUCCUCUUCAGUUCCACUUCACCAAGGAGCCUCUGAUGGAGGAGUACAGCAUCGCUACUCAGGUGUGGAAACUAAGUUCCUGUGACAUGUGCGAGCUGGCAAGAAACAGUGUCCUCAUGAGUGGCUUUUCACACAAGGUCAAAAGCUACUGGUUGGGCCCCAAUUAUGCUAAAGAGGGUCCUUUGAGCAACGACAUCCGUCGUACCAAUGUCCCUGAUAUCCGCGUGGCGUACCGCAGCGAGACACUAUCUGAGGAGCUUCAGCUCAUCAUUCAGGCCGUGCGCACUGAAGAGCUGGACACUAUCGAUGAGGAGGACUCUCUAUCCAUGGGCCCCCUCCCGGGACAACGCUGAAAUCACAGUAAUCAGGACGUGUCCUGUAAACCCCUUACCCUGUGAUCCACCCAGCAUGACACUGAGGAGACAUGGUGCGAGAGUUACUCUGUUGUAUCUUACAUUCAUUAUAAACACCAAUCAUCACUAUAGAUGUGUGACAAACAAAAGCCAAGGAUUGAGUGCUGUCGGAGCAUAUCAGCGCCAACGUUUCUGAUUUCUUGUGCUUGAAUCAUUUUUAGUUUGCAGGAAAGAAUUUCAACCCAAUUGUUAAAACUCCAAAAUCGUGGUCAUUGUUUUCUCAUUCUUCUAACCUCCGUUUCUGCUGUUCUCUGUGACAUGUUCAGUGACAGUCAGCAUAAUGAAGGUUAGCAGACAUGACCACCGCCAGUGGUGAAAAGCAGAGAAACACCAGCCAGAGACACUCCAGGGCAAUGUUGUGUUUUUCGCAGUCAAAGCGGCAGUGCGGCUCAUCAAAUAAUUCCUGUGAUUUAUUCUGUUAGGCAGCGAUAUGUUUUGAUUCUCUGGACAUAUUAUGUAGCAUGUAGUAUCUCUGUAGUAUCUCUGUAGUAUCUGUGUACUACAGAAACACUGACAACCAGCACAUUUACACUUUCUACACAGCAAACUUGCUCUCAGUUUUGCUUAACUGAACCUAGUGCAUCUUUCAUCUUCAUUAUACAAACUUCUAAUGAAGGAUUACAGAUGCAGUUCUAUUGAAAUUAUACAGGUGAAGGUUUUAUGUACCCACACAACAAAAUUUAUCAGAUUUCAUUUUUUAAGCCACUUCAGCGGCUUAAAGAUCUGAGAUACACAGAAACUGAAUCAGAGAGGAGAGUGUAGCUUCUGUCUGAAAGCUGCAGCGCUGGAUAUUAGCCAUGCAUCCUUGGUUUCAGAUUUUUUAUUUGUCAAAUUACGCAAACAGAAUUAUUCUUCCAUGAUUUUAAUGAGCUCAGAAAGUGACACAAAAGAGAGAAACUCAAAGCCCUUGAGUGAGGAGAGAAGCAGACUUCCUGUGCUUGACUGUAAACAUUCCACAAACACUCGUCUUUAGCUGCAAAAUGAAAUCCAGUAAAUGCUGGAAAUUGUCUUGGCUAGAUGGUGUAUUUCUGUGGUAGAAGAGAUUUUUUUUUUUUAAAAAAAAUUGGGAAAUGGGCAUUGUUGAAUUCAGUUACAGCACAAAUAAGUGUGGAUGGGUUUAGCGUUGACCAAGGACAGUGUCCUUACUGUUACCUCACUGGACCCUCUGUCCCUCCUUUGGUCCCUAAUUUCACUCAUUCCUUCCAUUAUAAACAAACCAGAAAGUCGUGGAGUUUUUUUCCCCUUUGCAUGCAGUGCACUGUACAUAUGCACCAAGCCAAGACUUCACAGUGCCUUUUCAUUUUUAGCUUAGGGCUAGAAAUGCCCAGUAUUUCUCUUUAACACCUAUUUUCUCCAUCAUGCACAGUAGGCCUCUAUACUGUAUCCAUGCAGAUGGAACUAAAGCCACCUAGCUGCAUGCUUGGUGUAAAAUAGCUUUUUAUCUUUGAGGAGGAAAAUGAAUUUGUCUCUAGUCCUCUGCUUAUAAGUGCUAUUCUUUGCAUGCCUGCAUGAGUAAUGGAUGGCAGGAGAGAAUGAGUUCUUUACAGCGAGCUGUGAUGUAAAGCUUCACUAAUUCAGGGCUGCCGACCAGCUUUUGAGACAGAAAUCUGUUUGCAGUAAAACAGAUUUAAACUCAGCAUUGUUCACCAUGUAGAAACAAGCAAACCAUGCUGGGACAUGGUUAAGACUGUUGCAUGGUUCUUGUAGCAUUUUGUUCUUUAAACUCACCCCAUUUCUGAUAAAAGCUGGGAUCACAUUUUAUAUUGACUCAUGUUAUCACAUCACUCUACCUGCCACUGGACACGGUCCGCCUCCCCAUCAAACUGUGAGCAUUCUUCUUAAACCUACUAGAGGCUACUGUUUUGCUUCAUAGAUGAUUAGGAUGAAAGAUGAGAACCCGUAUUUGUUCUCCUAGAAUUAACAGUAGCUUCUGAGUGUUCAAGAGAUGCACCAGAGUCGUGAGCUGAACAUCCCGAUACAUGCGUGUAUGUUGGAUUUCAUGUAUAAAGUGUAUUUUUUUAAAGGGGAUAUAGAGAUAAGAGAUUUUAUAUUCACAGUAUAUUGAUGUCAAGGUUUAACACUCAGCUUUGUUGCUCUUGAUCUUUGUGAAUUAGCAUUAUGUCAUGAAAAUAGUUUUUCACCACAGUUCUGUUGGUGACCUCUUUCAUUUGUUGAUCAGACAGUAUAUUUGAAUGUCUGUUCUGCCUUUUAAAUAUUACAGUAGCUUUUUUUUCUCUUUUAAAACUCUUUUAUUUUAUUCUGAGUUCAUUAUUACAGCACACUCAUUGUUCCGCUGAAGGUAAAUGAUACAUACCUCUUAUUUAAAGUCAGUCAGAUAUCAGCCUUCUUGCACUCACACACACACACACACACACACACAAUAACUAACCAUUAUUUUCAUGUCACAGUAGUAGUUUGCUUUUUAUUUUUGUGGGGAUUUUUUUAACUGCAAAGACUCAUUCUAACUAUCAAUCUACACUGAUUGACCAAUAGCAAAAGUCCACAGACUGAAGCACAAAGUGUAAUUAUGUCCAAUUAUUGCCACUUACAACAUAUGUUGUAACAACCAUCUUGUUGACUAUUGUAAGGUAAUUAUGGGAACAAUUGUUUGAAGCCAUCCGCCCUGCUGUGGUAGGUUAUCACUGAGAGACCAUAAGAACCUCGACUGACCUGAACCUUUUCCAUCCAUUCAGUGUCCAUAUUGUUCAGCUUUUAAACCUGUUGUUUACUGUGUGUCCCCGUCAUGGUCUCUCGCUGUCUUUUUGAGUCACCACAGAGCCACUCAACACAGUGCAGCCUACCUCACCAAUACUGAUCUCCAAUAGUUGUCAUGAUGCUGCUCUGCCUCAACAACACACCACAACUAUUGAUUUCUCUCACUUUUGAUUAAUCCACUUACCCAUUUCUGGAUUAAUUGAUUGUUUGGUCAAUAUUAGAAAAUUAUUACAAAAUGUUGAUUAAAAUAUCAGUAGCACAUCUACUAUAGAUGUAACACAUCUUCAUAUUUGAUAAACUUGAACCAGUACAUUGGUCAUUUUUACUUUUUCGACCAUCACAAUUAUUGCUGAUUAUUAUUUUUAUGAUCAGUUAUUUGAUUAAUCACAAUAAAUAAUGAAGCAUUGGAACUGAUUCAAAAGAGACAGAACAGUUGAAAUCGUUAAUAGAAACAUUUUUCUAAUAGCAGUAACACCAUGAUUGUUUGGAUACCAAUAAAAAAACAUACCAGUUAUUCAAAUAAAUGUUUACUGCAAAUUCACCGAUUUACAGUUUACAUGAAUUUAUUUCUAUGUACUAAGUUCUCUGUGCAUUAAAUACAAGUAUACUCUGAUUCUCACACUUACGAGAUGUUUGUGUUCAGCUUCUAUUUUUUCUCAUCAAGUAUCUUUUUUAACACAGAGUUGUCACUUUUUGACAUGGGAUUUUUAUGUUUUCCUAGUUUUAUGUCCAUUGAUCUGUGGCCACAUUAUUGCCUGAAAUAGAUGCCAGUGUUUGACAGAUUCCGAUGCUUCUGAUAAGGUACAUGUUUAAUGUAUAAACGAUGAAAUAAAGCAUGAUUAUUCACUAA